GACAGUUUAUUACAGGAAAAUACAUGAAUUUGCACUAUAGCCUAGCUAGUGUCGACAACAACCAUAAUUUUCGAUCCGUACACAAUAAAUAUUACAUAUCUUACUGCAUCAAUAUCGUUUCUUUAAAUUCGUAUUUGGGAAAUAUAAAACCAUACCGUAUUUAAUUAUUUACUUUUAGAGAGAGAGAGAGAGAGAGAGAGAGAGAGAGAGAGAGAGAGAGAGAGAGAGAGAGAGAGAGAGAGAGUGUGGAUGAUAUAUUUUAAAUCUUUAAUAUAUUAAAACGAUUCUGGAAACUGCAAUUUUAAACACCAGCGAAAAUAAUUAUAAUAAUCAUAGUUUUUAGUACGAAUUACUUCCCUUGAUGAAACUUCAUUUUUAUAGAAGAGCAGAAAAAUUAACCUGGUUUCCAGUCUGUUGAGGCGCAAAAUAUGAAAUAUUGAAAAGUUAUUUUAAACAUUAAAGGUUCAAGCAAGAUUCUGGUCAACGCAGAUGGGAUAAGAGAAAGAAAUUACCUGCUUUUAUAAAUUAAUUAGUUGCAAUUGGCACUGGACGUACAUGUUAUACAUGUGUAGAGUGCAUGUAUUAAUGUAUAGUAUUUGAUUUCAAAUACUCACAUCACUAGCUUCUUGAAAAAUGAGUCUUUGUGAAGUACGUACAUGGACUAUUCAUAUUUGUGUACUGUAGUGUCUGGAUGUUUCUUAUUAACCAGUAAUUCAACACAUCAGCAUGGUACAGAUCUGAAGAAGAUGUAUGAAAGUGUACAUGUUAUUGUUGCUUAAUACAUUUAAACAGAGUGUGAUGGUUUUACAUGGACUGCAUUUGCUGUUAUCAUCUUCAUCUUGCAAAUUUAGUACUACAGUGUACAUUUUAUGAUGCUAACAGGCUGCUACUAGAAAGUAUUAUAAAACCAUUGGCUGUAGCAACUGUUGAUGAUAAAUUAAAAACCGGUAUAGAACAUGUUGCAACCAAAUGACUAAUUGUAUUGUAACACAAUGUUUUUAAUACACAUGCUGAAUCGAAGGAACAUUGUUUGAAUACAUGGAUUAUUCUAUAAAAACAUGCUUGUGCUAAUCAAGCAUUUAUGAGGAAGUGUGUUAACCCAGCAGUCAUGCUUUGUCAAGGGUCUACCGCACAAGUUGAUGACUCUGUGGAGAAAGGUUGCGAGAAUAAUACAAAUCUGAUGGAUUUGCAGGAUGACUUUCAAAAUGCUGCAUUAGCAGCCUAUUUUGAUUAUCUCUACUUGCUGACAACAAAACCAGCAGUAGAGAAAAUACUGAGCCUAAAAAAUCUCCGCAAGAAGCAAACACAUCGCAGAAGAGGAUCACAAGGAAACACAAAUCUCAAUUUGGUGUCUGGACCAUCAGAAAUAAUUACUUCUGACCGUGGUCAACAAAAAGCAAAAAAUGGUUCCUUUUGUGAAAUUUCACAAUUGUUUGUUACUGGUGUGCAAAUGGAAAGGUUUGUAGAUAAUGUGCAUACUAGUGUUUAUACAUCAGAAGCAGUUGCUCUUGUUAAUGCUUCAGAAGCAGGUGCUUGUGUUAAUACUUCAAAACCAGAUGCUCGUGUUAAUACUUCAGAAGCAGUUGUUGCUGAUGCUGAUUUAGUUGGAACAUCGGAUGCAAACAACCAGACUGUUACAUCUUCAAAGUCUGACAAGAUUUCAGCUUCGCACAAUUCUGUGUCUGCUGAUGCUUGUGAAGUAGCUAACAACAGAAACCUGACCAUCAGGGAUGUGACCAUGUCUCCGAGGACCAAAAACCACAAUGAGAAAUUACUUUCAAGAAUCUUCAACAGACUCUACGAUAGCUUGAGUGACCUGGAACCUGGUGAACACGUUGAUGACAGUUUUGACCACAUCUGUGAUCAGUCUUGUAACGGAAGCAGUGUCACACUCAGGCUGAAGAAACCAAGAAGGAAACUUAGAAAACUCAGCGACUGUUUAUCGGAUUCAUUCAGUGCGUGUUCGUAUGGCUUGUCCGGCUGUGCUAGUUAUGAAAGAGGUUCUGUAGAUGCGUCUGCCUGUGGUAAGAAAGGGUUGUGGUCAGACUCAUCAGCUAUUUGUUGUAAGGACAACUUUGAGUGUAACAAAGAAACGACACAGUUUUCUUCAAGAGAAGAUGAAGCAUCACUCAGCAGUGUAGGUAAACCCAAAUGGCAGAGUUCAAGGAAGCGACAGUGUGACAAAGAUACUGUGGAACAUUCUCCAGAAAAGAUGUCGAAUAAGGCUUCAGUCUGUGUAGAAUGUGAGCAGGCACAUGUAAACAAAGCCGAGCAGGCACAUGUAAACAAAGCCAAGCAGGCACCGGUAGAUGGAGACCAGCCAUUAACUCGCCAGGCCAUCAAGAAUCUAAAUGCCUGUAAUGACCAAAAUAACAAAGUCUGUUCAGAAUGUAAGAAACAUAUAGAAGAUGGCUCAGUCUUGUUAGGUAAUUUGAAUAAAGAAACUUCUGCUCAAGAGUUUAUUUUAUCACAGGGAUGUACAUCACAUGUUUUAUCUUCUGGGGACAAGAGACAACCUGGUUAUUCUACUGUUAUGCUAGACCAAGGAGAUGAUACCAAGGGAGACAAUUCAAUGGUUUCAGAUUCCAAGGGAGAGGAUUCUGUGUUUCCAUAUUCCAAAAGAGAAAAUUCUGUAUUUCCAGACUUCAAGGGAGAUAAUUCCAUGUUUCCAGAUUCCAAAGAAGAAAAUGAAAGAAAAGCAGUCCGUGAUGCUCAGAUGGAUGAUGAUGCUGACAGUACUUGUAGUGGCGUGGCAGGCAGCUCAGAUACUGAAAAGUUGUAUGAUGUGACCAGUCAUCUUGCCCGUGGAAUACGGCUCAGAUCGGGUACAAAGGUUUUGCCAGUGAUCAACCCCAAAUAUCAGCAGUAUUAUAGACUGAUCACCGAGUUUUCCAAACAAAGUGAGAAAAACACCAGGGUAAAAAAAGACGAGGAGAGAAAAGUACAGAAGUGUCUUCGGUUUAAGAGAAAACGUCAUCUCGACUGGUUUGACAGGAAAGCAUCUAAACGUCGACGUCAUUUGCAAGUGAAUCAUGGAGAAAAUAGAGAUACAUCAUUUUCCAAAGUUAAAUCUCGUAAAAAGGUUUUAAUUACAAAUUCGUUAAUGUCUGGUUCCAAGAGGGGUGAUAACUGGAGAAAAACCAAACAGAAAAUCUUAAAUAGACAGAAGAAUUUUGAAUACAUUACGAAAAGGAAUUUUAAAAACAUUUCAAAAAGUCACAAAAGGAAAGUGAAAGUAGCUUCUUCGAAGAGGACCAGUCCAAAAUGGCCAAAACGGACGGAAAAGAUUUGUGAGGAACGGUCCAUUUUGAAAUGUCACGAGGCAGUGAGAACCAGUCCAAUACCUUCAGACCCGUUUUCCCACCUGUGUCAGUUAGAACGUAAAGCGGUGGAUAUCGGGGUGGGUGACAUGGAAAAACUCUUGUCGAGCAAGCCACAGAAUGGUCAGGAUUCGACAGUUUUGUUUUCCGUUCAACAUAAACUUGUACAGUGGCACCCAGGAGGAAUUUGGCAAACUAUAGUCACAGACAAAUGAUACGGGACACUUGCCUUUUUAUCAUAUCUUCUAUUUAAUCAAUUAUAUUCAAGUUGCAGGCUUUCUGCCAGAGGGUAAAACGGGUAUGGCGCUAUACCCAAAGAUUUUUGCAGUUUUUUUUAAGUUAACCUUUUGACAAAAUUAAUAACUCUUUAUCAUUACUGUAUGAUUUUCUUAACCCUAACCCAUACCCAUUGUCUUUCUGUGGAGGCCCCCAUACCCCCUGUCGACUGUGGUUGCAUUUAGCACACACAUUGUAAAUAUUCAAUUCCAUAGCGCCAUACCCAAAAACUUUCUUUCUGGCAGAUACACUGUGAACUGUGAGUAAAAUAUGUGGCGAAGCAAGUAGCUGAAUUAGAACAAUUCAGCCAUUUUGUAAGAGCAGGAUGUUGCUUAGCGGUAGAGAGCUUGCGUUUGGUGUGCUGAUUAACAUAUAUGAUUAUAGAAUCAAUCGCCCUCGGAGGGAGAGGGACGUAGCCCAGUGGUAAAGCGUUCGCCCCAUAUGCCGUUGAUGAAGCACCGGUCUGUGCCGAAGGGCGCAUUAGGCUAUUUCUUGUUCUAGUUACAAUUGAAGAAAAACUUAAACAUAAAAUCUUAAAUAGAAGAAGUUUGAAUACACUUUUAAAACAUUUCAAAAAGUGACAAAGCAAAAGUGAAACUUGUUCUUUGAAGAGGACCAGUGUAACAGAGGCCGUGAUGUGUUCUAUCCUGUCUGUGAGGUGCUGUCACCAUCUGUGUGGUCAUUAACCAUAUCUCAAAUACCAUAUAACCACAAUUAAAAUGUGUCGAGUGUAAUUAACUAAAACAUUUCUUCCUUCGAUCACCAUUGAAAUACUCACACAUUGCUCAUGAAUUAUACUACGGCUGUGCUAUAUACGGUUGUCCUAAUGACAGAAAAGUGCACACAAACAGAUUUCUUGCUGCUUGUUUGCUAGAGUUGGUUUUGCAAGCAGGUUUUCUUGGUCUCUCGAACCAAAUGGGGGCGGGACGUAGCCCAGUAGUAAAGCGUUCGCUUGACAUGCGGUUGGUCUAGGAUCAAUCCCUGUCGGUGGACCCAUUGAGCUAUUUCUCGUUCGAGCCAGUGCUCCACAACUGG